AUGAAGCCGUAUUUCGGGCUUCGAGGCUCAAGCCUCAACAUCAUGAUCAGUAUCAUUGCCGGUCUUGAUUUCUUGGGUGUAAUGGGAGGUCUGUUGACCUUGAAUUCAUUCGUCACCGUCUUCCCCGAGAUUGAUACUACUCACUCGAGUUCCUCUACAAGUACCAAUUCCACCAACCAGGGCAUCACCACUGCCUCUUACAAUCUCGGUUGUUUCUUCGGUGCAAUCUUUUGUAUCUGGAUCGGAAACUACCUUGGCCGCCGCAAGACCAUCUUCACCGGCUCAAUCAUCAUGAUCAUUGGUGCAACCCUGCAAGCAUGCGCAUAUUCGCUACCGCAUCUCAUCGUCGGUCGAAUUGUGACCGGUAUUGGCAAUGGCAUGAACACAUCCACCGUUCCCACAUGGCAGUCGGAGUGCUCUAAAUCACACCAUCGUGGCAAGCUAGUCAUGCUAGAAGGCUCAUUGAUCGCCGCCGGCAUCACGAUUAGUUACUGGAUAGAUCUUGGUUUCUCUUUCCUGGACCCCAGCUCGGUUGCGUGGCGAUUCCCAAUCGCCUUCCAGAAUGCUUUUGCCUUGAUCAUUUUGAUUUUUGUUCUGCCUUUGCCAGAAUCACCUCGUUGGUUGAUUCUCAAGGGUCGCGAGGAGGAAGCCAUGGAGGUUCUCGCUGCGAUUCUCGAUCUUGAUGAAAGCGACCCAUACGUCCACUCUGAGUUUUCCGCGAUCAAGGAUGCAGUCCUCGAAGCUUCGAGUGUUAGCUUCCGCGACCUUUUCACUAUGGAUGAAGAUCGCCAUUUACACCGCGUCGUUCUCGCCUACGUCAAUCAGAUGUUCCAGCAGAUAUCCGGUAUCAACCUAAUCACAUACUACGCCGCUACUAUCUACGAAAGCAUCGGAAUGGAUGGCUUGACCUCGCGCAUUCUUGCCGCCUGUAACGGUACCGAGUAUUUCCUAGCAUCCUUGAUCCCGAUCUUCAUCAUUGAGAAGGUAGGCCGUCGACAGCUAAUGUUAAUUGGUGCCGCUGGCAUGUCUAUCUCGAUGGCUGUCUUGGCCAUCGCCACGAGCUUCAAGGGCAACAGCCAAGCCGGUAUCGCGGCCGCCGUGUUUCUGUUUGUUUUCAACACCUUCUUUGCCCUUGGUUGGCUGGGUAUGACCUGGUUAUAUCCUGCAGAGAUUGUUCCUCUACGCAUCCGUGCCCCAGCCAAUGCACUCGCCACCUCGGGCAAUUGGAUAUUCAACUUCAUGGUGGUCAUGAUUACCCCGGUUGCCUUCGACUCCAUUAAAUAUAAGACAUAUAUUAUCUUUGCAGUCAUCAACGCCUUCAUUUUCCCUGUUAUCUACUUCUUCUACCCCGAAACGGCUUACCGAUCCCUGGAAGAAAUGGACACUAUUUUCCACAAGACUAGCAGCGUCUUUAAUUUGGUCUUGGUCGCCCGCAAUGAGCCCCAUCGCUAUGGGAAGAACGGCGAGCUACUCAUCAACUAUGAAGAUACUGAGGAGCACCUUCGUCGCGCCAGCUAUGUUUCCGAAAAGCCAAAGGGCAAGGUAGUCUCUGGGAAUGGUGAUUUGGAGACUGGGAAGGGUACUCACGUUGAGCACCGUAAGGACAGCGCCAGUGCCUUUGAUAGCAACUAG